CGAACGCCCAAGGGUUUCGAUGGAACGGUGGGGUGCAGCCGUUCUAUCCGCAAUGGGAACGCCCCCGCGAUCGAUGGCAUCAAGGGCCAUUAGCCUAUCAACAACAACGAUCCCUCAAGACUAUGUCUGGCGUUGCUAUGUCAGGUGGUGCUUGCCAUGAUCCAACACUCUAGUUUCGUUCGCCGCCCCUGGCCGAUUCUUCUCUCAUCAUCCACCACAGCAGGCCCCAAUUUCUCUUGAGGCUACCCGACAAUGGCCGACUCAAUUACAGGCACCAUCAGAUACGUCCAGCGGGAUGAUAGCAAUGACCUCAGUAAGAAGCCGUACAUCUUGCAUUACGCGGCCCCCGAUGGGUUUCCCCAGAACAACUUCACUAUCAAGCCUGUUCAUGGCAUCAAGAUCCACAACUUUCGGACCUCGGGAGCCACCUAUGAGGAGGGUGGCAUAGGGAUAGCCCCUAUCGACAGCAAUGGGAUGAAGCCCGAAUGCUUUGACGAUGACGACUGGGUGGAGCGGGUGUAUUUGCCCGAACUUCACCGGUCAGUUUGUGCCGCCCUUGGGGCGAAAGACAUGACCAUCUUUGACUGGAUGUUGCGAAAGCGAGCCCCUUCUUUCCCAGUGAGAAAGCCGGGCGAGGAUAACGGGGAAAACCACCAGCCCUCCUUGUCAGCCCAUAUUGACUACACCACGGCAGAGCUUGCUUCCAGGUUGCCGCAGUACUUCGGCGAGGAUAGGGAUGAGAUUCUGAGCCGGAAGUACCAGGUCAUCAACAUCUGGAAGCCGCUGACCGGUCCAUGCCGCGACUUUCCCAUGGCAUACCUGGAUCCGACAACGGUCAACCGCGAGAAGGACCUCAUGACGGUCGAUGAGGUUUUCCCCACCGUCGCUAACGAGGUGUUCCAGGUCCGCUGGAACCCGGACCACAAGUGGUACUACGUACCUGACCAGCUCGACUCGGAGGUCGCCAUUUUCAACGCCUUUGACUCGGAGAAGGGCCAAAGCUUGGCGGUGCCGCACUGCUCGUUUGACUUGGGCGAUGCGGCAGGUUCCGCCAUCCCGAGGCAGAGCAUUGAGGUUCGAGCUUUCAUCUUUUAUUAGGGUAGGCUCUGGUACCUACAUGUAGGUGGGGUGUUACUGUUGAGAACUUGGAACACAUAUCCACGGGGGAACGGACAUUCAUUUGCCGUAGGGAGGUACUUUGUAGCUAAACAUCCGGGUAUCAUCCACACAGUACGGGGUGAUCAGCGGAUCAACAUCCCCACAACCCCAUCUCGGGAUCAAUCCCACAUUCCAUCCAAACC